GGCUGCCGCGGGUGCGGAGCGCAGCGGGAUGGCACCGGGGCUGCUGGACUUGGCCCACUGGAGCACCUGGGCGGUCUGCGCCGUCAUUAAGCUGCCGCAGCUAGCGGCCGUGCUGGCGGCCGGCUCGGCGCGGGGGAUCAGCGUGGGCAGCCUCCUCUUGGAGCUGGCCGGCUUCCUUGUGUUUCUGAGGUACCAGAUCUAUUAUGGUUACCCUCUGCAGACGUAUCUGGAAUAUCCCAUCAUCAUUGCACAAGAUGUUGUUCUCCUUUUGUUUAUCCUGCAUUUCAGUGGAAACAUGAAACGAGCUCUGUUCUAUGCAGUCACAUUUGGGGGGGCCUGGUACAUGCUCACACUGCAGAAGUGGAUAAUAGACCUGGCCAUGAACUUGUGCACGCUCAUCAGUGCAGCCAGUAAGCUGGCUCAGCUGCAAUGUCUCUGGCAGACGAAGGAUUCUGGACAAGUGAGUGCCUUGACCUGGAGCAUGUCUGCAUAUACCUGCGCAACAAGGAUCCUUACAACUGUAAUGACUACGAAUGACCUCGCAGUUCUCAUCCGUUUCAUAACCAUGCUCGUCCUCAAUAUUUGGGUCACUGCCACAAUCCUGCACUACAGGAAAAUUAAAAAGACUGAUUAGAAGACUCUCAUCAGCACACACCAUCAAAGACCCGCAGUGUAAUUAAGCUUAAACAACAGAAGGGUUGAGGAAGCUCCCUCUCAAACCUCAUAUUCAUCCCUAAGCAUCAUUAGUGCAGUAGUGCUUAUUUUCUCUUAGAAAUAAUUCUGAUACUGCAUUUAAGCAGCAGCUUUUUAUCAGUCAUUUCAGACAAGUUUCAGCAGUAUCACAUUUUCUCUGGGUUUUACUAAAUGAACAAGGUGCUCCAUAUUUAGAUGUUCAUAUAUAAUGAUAUCACUUCAGUACUUUCUGGUUACAUAAAAGCAAUUUCCCUCAAUUAUAGACGAGCAGUUUUGCAUCAUGUCAACUCAUCUUUCUCCAUCUGCUGCAACUUUGAAAAGCAACCUUUGAAAAGCAUGUUUGUCUUCUGGCAAGCAACUCAGUCAGAUGUUAAGGAUCCAUAUUGUAAGAUGAAGACAGUCUGAGUCAAGGCCCACUCCAAAAUAAGGUUCUAAUUACAAGUCACAAAUGCAGAUGAGAUUGCAGUGCUUACAUGCAACACUUACAUGGCACAGUUUAUACAGGGUAUGGUUUUGGUACAGGACAACCACGGUCACUUUCUUCAAUAUAUCUGGUUUUUAUGAGGAUAAGAGCAAAAUCUCUGCUCUGACAACUUCUUUUUCAACCUGAGCUGUCAUUCACUGAACAUACCGAUGUUCUGGGAACAGCAGAGACCAGAACAUGCAGGGAUGAAUGAAACUCUGACCAACAGAGUUAAGAACUGUGUUCAAGGCAGAUUCCUGAGCCACCACCCAGGAUCCCCUGUGGACCGUGGCCCUUUCCACAUCCCACUGGGUGCACCACGGCAGGCACCUCUCCAGUGCUUAACAGGGGUUGAUGACACUGCUCUGGGCUUUGUUAGUUUUUAGACACUGUGUGCUGAAGAACGUAUUAAAAAUUUAUUUUGGAGAUUCUAAUCCAUUUGUAGUAAGUGUAUUAAAAAAGAGAAUGGGGUAUUCUUGAGAACUAAGAACAGGGGAUUUUGCUUUUGGAAGCAAAGCCUUUCCAACCAGGCACUACAGACGUGAUCCUAUAGCUUGCCUUCAAUUCUCAAAUGAAGUGAUAAUGCCCUUCGAAAAGAGUUCUUCAGAGUAUUCCUGUUGAAACCAAGACACCCUGGGUUCUGACACCCUUGAGAACUAUGGGAAGACUGUGUUGGGUACACUUGAGACACGUUCUCCUUACAACACACCAAACGAUUGGACUCCUGUGGAAAAGUUGGAUCUGCAAAAGCAGAUGUUUCCCCCAGCGUGCCCUCUGCCAUCAGACUGGGACCUUCACUGCAAGAAACACAGCUGCUGUGUAACAGAAGGGGUGGGAAGAGAUGGCUGUAGGCAUGGGAGUUCAUGUAGCUCAUGUUAUUGAGACCAGGUUCAAAGAUGAAGAUUGGAACAGGCUGCCUAGAUGGGUUGUUGAGUCUCCCUUCUCUGCGAACAUUCAAAACCCACCUGGACAAGUUCCUGUGUGACCUACUCUAGGUGGUCCUGCUCUGGCAGGGUGUUUGGACUAGAUGAUCUUUCAUGGUCCUUUCCAGCCCUUAAGAUUCUGUGCUGCUUUGAUUUUUCUACUGCUCCAAUAAAAUGUAUAAAUGUUUCUGUUAGUUGAGAGAGAAACUAAGCAUCUUGUUACCAAUUUUGCUAAAAUACCCGAAGUAUUUUUUAUCACCUGGUGGCAGGUGAUACAUUUCCAGGUCAUAUUAAUAAAUGCUGUCCUCCAUGAUUGAU